AUGUGUGGUAGAUACGCGCUAUCAUUUGAUAGCGAUGAGUUACCAGUUGCAUUUGGUCAGUGGGGUAUUGACAUUAACUUAAGAGGAAACAACGUUAAUUAUAAAGACUCUGAUAAUAUUGGAGAUUCAGAAAAUGAUACAUCUACUAGCGUUAAUUCUAACAUGUUACACUAUGACAAAUCAUUCAAUGUUGCACCCACUAGUAGAGCCCCUGUAUUAAAUUCCAAAAACGAUGAUGUACGUUACAUGAGGUGGGGGUUAAUUCCUCAUUGGUCUAAGAAGAUUGGAACCUUUAAAGGGUACACUACUUUCAAUGCCCGCAUGGAAAACUUAUUAUCUAGUAAGAUAUGGCACGGUUGUCUGGGUUGUAGACGUUGCGUUGUUCCAAUCAGCGGCUAUUAUGAAUGGUUGGUGAAAUCACACGAUAAAAGUAAAACACCUUAUUAUUUAAGAAGAAAAGACCACAAAAUACUGUUUCUUGCUGGUUUAUUUGAUUAUAACGAAACAGAACAGAUGUUCUCAUAUACUAUAAUCACUGGUCCUGCUCCCGAAGGUCUCAAAUGGCUACAUGAUAGAAUGCCUUGCGUCCUUGAAUAUGACUCUGAUGAGUGGAAACAAUGGAUGAAUCCUGAUAAAUUGAAAUGGAAUCAAAAGGAAUUAGAUAAUGUGUUGACACCUAGCUUUGACGACCAUCUCUAUAGAGUAUAUCAGGUAACUAGAGAUGCAGGGAAGGUAUCUAAUAAGGGACAGUACCUAACAAAACCAAUAUUAAAAGAGGAUAGUGAUCGUAUCAAAAAAGAGGAAGGUAGCAUAAGUAUAAAGAAACAAGAUGAAGAAGAUUCCAAACUGGGUUUAAUGUCUGUAAAGGAAGAGACUCCAAUGGAAAAAACUGAGCUGAAAAUGGCAUUAAAGAGGGAGUUGUCGGAUGAUCUCAAACCAAAAAAGCCUAAGAGAAGAAACAUAAUGGACAUGAUAAGACAAAGUUCAAAUCAAAAGGGCCGUAAAAGUCGUGAAACAGAUGUGAAGAGAGAAACUCCAUCUUAA